CUACCGAGCGGCGAUACACCGCCUUCCCAAGCAUACGACAUGAAGACUUUUUUGUGUAUUUUGGCGUUAGCAGUUGCAUCAUGCAAGGCUGGAUAUGAAGCAAGCGAGUUUUCAAGCAGUGGAGCUGGAGACCACACCGGGUACGACGGGAACUCUGGAGGAGGUCACAACUUCGUCCCUAUAACUGGUGGCGGGCAAGAUUUCUCUGGCGGUCAUGGACAAGCUCAUACCCUCGCUCUCACGCAAGGAUCGGGACAUGACUUCUCUGGAGGACAAUUACUAGGUGGUCAUGGAGGUUUUAACGGCGGUUCCGAUGAGCAUGAAGGAAACUCAGGUGGAUAUGGAGGACAAUCCGACGGUCAUGGAGCUGGACAACUUCAAACUUUCGUCCUUCAAGAUGGCGGACACGAUUUCGGAGAUCAAGGACAGGGUUUCGGAGGUUCCGGUUUCGAAGGUCAAGGAUUUGAUGGACAUUCUCAAGCCAUACCAGUUGGCGAGCAUGUUGAUGAAGAACAUCCAGUAGCUGUUCCUCUGUACAAACAUGUCACUUACCCUAUUCAUAAGCCAAUUCAUGUUAAUGUGCCAAAACCAAUCUUAGUUGGUGUACCCCAGCCUUACCCAGUAAAGGUACCAGUUCAUAAACCGGUGGCUGUGCCCGUUGAAACUGAAAUAUCCAUUCCAGUUGAGAAGGUUGUGCCCUACCCUGUUGUGAAGCAUGUUCCUUACCCAGUUGAAAAGCACGUGCCAAUUAAAGUAGAGAAGACUGUGACCGUCCAUGUACCACAGCCCUACCCAGUUAAGAUUCCCGUCUACAAAACAAUUCAUCAUCAUAAAGGUCACUAAGGCCUUGAUGUAGCAACUCGUGUGAUGGUUUAUGUGUGCGUUGAUUUGUGUAUGCUUGUGCCUUGUAAAUAUUGUUAUCUAAUUUUAAGUCAUUUUCAACUGUCUUCAUGUUGUAGUUGAUUUAUUUAUUGUGUGGUAGUUGUAAUGUGUUUGUUGAAUAUACGAAAUUGUUACCUGUUGAUUA